AUGGCGGGCAACCCAGUCGGAGGUGCUCCAGCACACGCCCAAUCCUCUCUCCCCUCCCUCCCCGCCCAUCUUCAGUCGGAUACACAUUUGACGGCUCAUUUGGCUAGUCGAUUUCAUGUUGGCCUCCCGACUGCCCGUCUGUCCUCCCAGGCCCUGAUUUCCUUCAAUACAUACACGUCUGCGACAAAGGGUCCGGACGGGGCGAAGGAAGGCAGUGCGGCUGGAGAGGCCGAAGAUCUCGCCCGUCGCGCCUUCACUCGCUUGGGAGCGCGUGCGGAGAACCAGGCUGUGGUGUUUCUAGGAGAGAGUGGCUCGGGUAAAACCACCAUUCGCUCGCACCUGUUGUCAUCGUUUUUGUCUUUUUCUUCGACUCCGCUUUCCUCCAAGCUCUCCUACGCCGCCUUCGUCUUUGAUACCUUGACCACCACAAAAUCGGUCACCACACCAACUGCCUCCAAGGCCGGCUUGUUCCUCGAACUGCAAUAUGACGGCUCAUCCUCAGUCAACCCAACCUUGAUCGGUGGAAAGAUCAUUGACUAUCGACUGGAACGGAGCCGCAUCUCCUCCGUCCCAACCGGCGAGCGGAGCUUCCACGUACUGUACUAUCUCUUAUCUGGAACCAGCGCCGCCGAAAAAUCCCACCUGGGGUUUGAUAGCAGCAUUCAUAUCAGCACAAGCGGUGGCAAGUUGUCCGCCGACUCGGCGAGCCACAAGCGAUGGCGGUAUCUUGGCCAUCCGACCCAGCUCAAGGUCGGAGUCAAUGAUCACGAGGGGUUCCAGCAUUUCAAGACGGCGCUGCGGAAGCUGGAGUUCUCGCGUGGUGAGAUUGCGGAGAUUUGUCAGAUCCUGGCCAGCAUCUUGCACAUCGGACAGCUAGACUUCAUCUCGGGACAGUCGACCACCACGGCUGCUGAGGAAAGUGGCGGUUACUCCCAUGAAGGUGGUGAGACGGUGACUGUGGUCAGAAACAAGGAUGUCUUGGCUAAUGUAGCUGCUUUCUUGGGCCUGAGCGUUGAGGCUCUCGAGAAUAGCCUCGGAUACAAGACCAAGACAAUCCGACGGGAACGAGUAACGGUCAUGCUGGAUCCGCGCGGUGCCCGACAGAAUGCAGAUGCAUUUGCCCGCACGAUCUACUCACUUCUGGUCACCUAUGUCAUUGAAACCGUCAAUCAGAAGAUCUGCGCCGCUGAGGACAGUGUCGCCAACACUAUCUCGAUCGUCGACUUUCCGGGCUUCGCCCAAGCUCCGGCAACCGGAUCGACCCUGGAUCAACUGCUCAGCAAUGCUGCUACGGAGUCUCUUUACAACUACUGCCUGCAGUCCUUCUUUGACCACAAGGCCGAUGUGCUGGACCGCGAGGAAAUUGCCGUGGCUGCAACCAGCUAUUUCGACAACACCGAAACUGUCCGUGGUCUUCUCAAGCACAAUAAUGGCCUUCUGAGCAUCUUGGAUGACCAAACCCGUCGCGGAAGAUCUGAUGCCCAGUUCCUUGAAAGUGUCCGGAAGAGGUUUGAAGGCAAAAACCCGGCUAUCUCAGUCGGCGGAACCAAUGCUAGUGGCACCGGCUACAUGUCUCAGAGCCGGACCGCAUUCACCGUUAAGCACUUUGCUGGUGAGGUCGAUUACUCGGUCACGGGUCUGAUCGAGGAGAAUGGGGAAGUCAUCUCAGGCGACCUGAUAAAUCUCAUGAAGUCCACUCGCAGUGACUUUGUCCGUGAGCUGUUUGGCCAAGAGGCAUUGCAGACUGUUUCUCAUCCCCGCGAGAAGUCGGCGAUUAUGCAGGCCCAGGUUUCCUCUAAACCACUUCGCAUGCCGAGCAUUGCUCGUCGAAAGCAUGACCAACAGGCUCGCCAGAUGUUCUCAGACUCUCGCGCCGAUAGUGAAGAGGCCGAAGACCUUGAAAGUCAAGGAGCAAGUUCGAGGCGGAGCGUGGCAGGCCGCAAGAGUGCACUGAUGAGCGGUUCGACCCAGGGUGCGGCUGGCCAGUUCCUUUCAGGGCUUGAAAUUGUCAACAAGUGCCUGAGUUCAUCGAACGUGAAUCCGUACUUUGUCAUUUGUCUCAAGCCCAAUGACCGUCGCAUUGCAAACCAAUUUGAUAGCAAAUGUGUCCGUAUGCAAGUUCAGACCUUCGGCAUUGCCGAGAUCAGUCAGCGGCUGAGAAAUGCCGACUUCAGCGUCUUUCUCCCGUUCGCGGAGUUCCUGGGUUUGGCUGAGAUUGGUAAUGUCGUGGUUGGCAGUGACCGUGAAAAAUCGGAGGUGGUCUUGGACGAAAGACGAUGGCCAGGCAAUGAAGCUCGCGUCGGCAGCACUGGUGUCUUCCUCAGUGAGCGGUGCUGGGCGGAUCUGACCAAGGUUGGAGAACGGGUGGUUCACUCCUACAACAAAAUCACAGGAUCUGACGAGGGCGAGGUUGGCUACCAAUCGGGUGGAGGAGACACCAAGGUCCGUCUCCUGAACCCAGCGGACCAAUCUCCUGGCGCCUAUAUCUACGGAGACGAGUCGAAGCAAGGCGGGUACUUUGGUAGUCGCGAGUUGGACGGACGUUCUGAUGCUGGGGCGUCAGCCUUCAACUCUGGAGACAUGUUCCGAAACCUUGAGACAAGAGAACAAAUGCUUGAGAAAGGCAACGAGAAGCAAAUGGAGGAGGUUGAUGAUAUCCCAGUCUCCGGUUCCCGGAAACGUUGGAUGGCAUUGGUCUAUCUGCUGACCUGGUACAUCCCCGACUUCUGCAUCAAGUUUUUCGGCCGCAUGAAACGUAAAGAUAUCCGUGUUGCCUGGCGUGAAAAGCUCGCCAUCAACUUGAUUAUCUGGUUUGCGUGUGCCGUCGCUGUUUUCAUGAUUGUGGCAUUCCCAGGAUUGGUUUGUCCAACUCAGCACGUAUAUUCGAAAGGAGAGCUCAGCAACCACAACGGCAAAAACGGUGAGAGCUCGUUUAUUGCCAUUCGUGGCGUUGUUUUCAACCUAGGAGACUUCAUGCCCGUUCAUUAUCCCGAUAUUGUUCCGCAGAAGUCUUUGAAGAACUAUGCCGGUACCGAUGCCACCAAUCUUUUCCCCGUGCAGGUUUCUGCCUUGUGCCAGGGAGUCGAUGGACACGUGGAUCCCAGCGUACCGUUGGACUAUCGUUCCAACAUGAACGAAAGUGAGACCACCACUUCUACUACCGAUUACGAUAUCAAUGCCAAGUAUCACGACUUCCGCUAUUGGACGGAUGAUUACCGUGCGGAUUGGUUUUAUGAGCAGAUGGUCUACUUGCGGGCAAAUUACAAGAAGGGCUACGUCGGAUAUACUGCCAAGUAUAUGAAGACUCUAGCAGAUGAUGAUGACAAGAACAUUGUCAGCAUUGACGGUAAAGUCUACGAUAUGACCUAUUACAUUGCCGGCCCUCGAAUCCCUCGCUUCCCGACCACCUCCAAGAACACCAGCACGAGCGGCAUCAGCACCAACUACAUGAGCCCGCUUCUAGUCACCCUGUUCCAGCAGAAGUCCGGCACUGAUGUGACCAAAUAUUGGAACGAUCUCGCAUUGGAUGAUACAACACGCACGCGGAUGCAGUUGUGUCUAGAUAAUCUGUUUUUCGUUGGUCACGUUGACACCCGUAAUUCGGUGAAGUGUCAGUUCGCUCGGUACUUCAUUCUUGCAAUUUCGUGUUUGAUUGCUUCCGUGCUUGUUUUCAAGUUCUGUGCUGCUCUACAAUUCGGCAAGAAGAACCUGCCUGAAAAUCUGGACAAGUUCAUUAUCUGUCAAGUCCCUGCCUACACCGAAGACGAGGACUCCCUUCGUCGUGCCAUCGAUUCUAUGGCUCGCAUGCGGUAUGAUGACAAGCGCAAACUCUUACUGGUCAUUUGUGAUGGUAUGAUUAUCGGUCAAGGCAACGAUCGCCCGACUCCUCGGAUUGUUCUCGACAUUCUGGGUGUUCCUGACUCGGUUGACCCCGAGCCCCUCAGCUUCGAGAGUUUGGGCGAGGGCAUGAAGCAGCACAACAUGGCCAAGAUUUAUUCCGGUCUCUACGAGGUCCAGGGCCAUAUUGUUCCAUUCUUGGUCGUCGUCAAGGUCGGAAAGCCUUCUGAAGUCUCUCGGCCCGGUAACCGUGGCAAGCGUGAUUCCCAGAUGGUUCUCAUGCGCUUCCUCAACCGGGUUCACUACAACCUGCCGAUGAGCCCGAUGGAACUCGAGAUGCACCACCAAAUCCGAAACAUCAUUGGCGUGAAUCCGACCUUCUAUGAAUACAUUCUGCAAGUCGACGCCGAUACUGUGGUGGCGCCUGAUUCUGCCACACGAUUUGUCUCCUCGUUCCUAUCUGAUACCCGCCUCAUCGCUGCUUGUGGUGAAACAUCCUUGUCCAAUUCUAAGACCUCCAUGGUGACUAUGAUCCAAGUGUACGAGUACUACAUCUCGCACAACCUGACCAAGGCGUUCGAAAGUCUUUUCGGUUCCGUCACCUGUCUCCCCGGCUGUUUCAGUAUGUACCGUGUACGCUCUGCCGAAACCGGGAAGCCAUUGUUCGUCAGCAAAGAAGUCGUCGAGAACUACUCCGAGAUUCGUGUUGACACUCUUCACAUGAAGAAUCUGUUGCACCUCGGUGAAGAUCGAUACCUGACUACCCUGCUCCUCAAACAUCACCCUAAGUUCAAAACCAAGUACAUCUUCCGAUGCCACGCCUGGACUGUGGCCCCUGAGAGCUUUGCCGUCUUCCUGUCCCAGCGUCGUCGAUGGAUCAACUCAACUGUGCACAACCUCAUUGAACUGAUUCCCCUGCAACAGCUUUGUGGUUUCUGUUGUUUCAGUAUGCGUUUCAUCGUUUUUGUCGACCUGCUCAGUACCAUUAUCCAACCAGUCACCGUGGCAUACAUUGUUUACUUGAUUGUCUGGCUGGCCCAAGAUUCAUCGGUGAUUCCAUGGACUGCGUUCGUGCUCCUUGGUGUCAUCUACGGUCUACAGGCAUUCAUUUUUAUCGUCCGCCGUAAGUGGGAGAUGAUCGGCUGGAUGAUCAUCUAUAUUUUCGCUAUUCCCGUCUUCUCACUUGCCCUGCCUCUCUAUUCAUUCUGGCACAUGGACGACUUCACUUGGGGUAAUACUCGUGUCAUCACCGGAGAAAAGGGCCGCAAGGUCGUCAUCUCCGAUGAAGGCAAGUUUGAUCCCGCCUCGAUCCCCAAGAAGCGCUGGGAAGAGUACCAGAUGGAGCUCUGGGAGGCCCAGACAUCGCGCGAUGACCACUCCGAGGUCUCCGGCUACUCGUACGGCACCCGCUCGCACGCUUUCCCGCAAUCUGAGUACGGCUUCGCUGGCUCCCGGCCUGCCUCGCAACUCGAUCUGCCACUCCUCACAUCUCAGUCUCGUCUUUCAAUGGCGCCCUCGGAGAUGCUUAGCCGCAUGGAUCUGGACACCAGCAUGGAGGAUCUCAGCCACCUGCCCUCGGACGAUGCUAUUCUCACCGAGAUCCGUGAGAUCUUGCGCACGGCGGACCUCAUGAGUGUGACGAAAAAGAGCAUCAAGCAGGAGCUCGAACGCCGAUUUGGCGUGAACUUGGAUCUCAAGCGGCCGUACAUCAAUUCCGCCAUCCCUUUCGCAGCUACCGAGGCCGUUCUGUCGGGUCUUCUUUAA